GUCUAGUAAAGUUAUUUUUUUUCAAAUUAAAUAAAUAAUAAAUGUUACAAAUAGUAAUAUGAUGUAUUAUUAUUAUUUAUUUUAUUUACAUAUAAGGUAGUAGGUACAUUAACACAUGAAUUAAUUAGCACUUGUGAAAAUAGUUUAAUUUGUGGCGAUAAUAUUGUGAUGACAUUAAACAUCACCGUACACCAAAUGGCAAAUACUGUGAAUUUUGUAUUUUCAUGAAUAGUAUUCAAUGGCACAUUCAAAUAAAAUUAAAGCUCUGCUCUCUGAUUUGGGCAGAUCGACCAAAAGAGGUGUAAAAAAAUGUCCAUCAUGUGGAACAUACAAUGGAACAAGAACUGUAGUUUGCAAAACGUGUUAUCUGUUGUUAAAACCAAAUAAUAAAAGAGUCUCGCCAUCUGAAGUGUGUCGUUUACUUACACCUUGUUCAUCUCGGAUUUUUUCUUAUAUAUCUUCUGAAAACAUUGAUUUCGAAGAAAGAGGAUUCAUCCAUUUUCCUGAUACUAAAAACAAAGAAAUUAACAAACUGGAUACUGGACUGUGUUUAGUCCGUUCUUGUGGUGGUCGUUUAUUUGAUAAUAAUAUCCUGAAAUGUCAUGAAAGCGUCUUAAACACAAAUAUUCAAAGUGAACCCUGCAAACAUAUAGAUACUUGUUUUGAUUGUAAUACAAUUGGUGUAUCAUUGAACAUCGAUCAACAGGUUUUAGAAUCUUUUAGAGUUCCUCAAAAUGUGAAACAAGAAGUAUGGACAAAUUUUAUUGAUAAAAAAAAACCAUAUUUACAACGUGUAUCAGAAAAUAUAUUUGUUGUCCGAUGCAAAAUUUCUACUCAAAACCCUUUGGGCUAUUUGCAUUGUAUCAUUGGAAAAUAUAAUAGAUGCUUUUGUUGUACUACUACAUUGGUUACAGUUGAUCAAAUGGAUCAAAUUCCAGAUUUAAAUACAUACUUUUGUUGUCAUUACAUUGCAUGUUUAAGUGCUAUAGCAACUUCACGAUAUAUGGUGCAAGAGUUUGAAAAAAAUCUUAAUCCAUUUGUAUCUGUUUCUACAUUGUCUGCAACUAUUGUUCAGCUUGACAAUUUGCCAAAUGUCCAGGUUGCAAUGGCAGAAGAAAGUAAUGGGCCAGUCACAUUUUUUGAUGAUCAGAUGAUUAUCACUAGUGAAACUUGUGUCUUAGAAAGCAUUACUCCUAAAUAUCAAAGAAUAGUCCCAAAUAUAUUAUCAAAAAAACGAUCUAAAAAAUCUCAAAACAACUCAAGAGUAAAGAAGAAAAGCUGUCAUGAAGAACCACAAUUUAUAAAUCCUAAUCCUGUAUUAAGUUUUGAAAAAUGGAUUUCUUCCGUUACAGAACGCAUUAAUCAAGAAAUGCAUUAUCAAUUUGAUGGUAAUCCACCAACCAUGGUGUUUCAUAUUCAUAAGAUGUUUUUUGAAUGUUUGCGAGAACGUAUGUGUGUGGCUUCUGAAAAAAAACGUUUACCUAAUUAUACUUUGGUCUUUAUGAAGCGUGAUUCAUUACCUUUAGGCACAUUCACAAAGUAUACUUGGCAUAUUACUAAUAUAAUGUUAGUGAAGAAAAUUUUUGAAACACCUUUAGUACCUCUUAAGAUUAGUCGCAGUUUCAUCAAAAACAUUGAUGGUACAUAUGAUGCUUUUGAGCGUGAAAAGUAUGACAACAUACCAACAGAUAAAUCUCAUCAGCCAAUACAACCAAAUGAUUUGAAGACAUUUUUGAAAGUUGGUAUUGUCAAUGAACAUCAAAAAGAACCAAUACCAUUUAUUAUUGAAUGGAUUCCUGAUGUUCUUCCUAUAACUGAGAUUGGUGAAUUAAGACUGACAUUCAAAUAUGGACAUAUGCCUCCAAAAGAAAACACCUCUUAAUAUUAUAUAUUAUUUUGAAUUUCAAAUAAAUCAUAAACUUAACUGCUGUAUUCAUAAUAUAUCAAAUCAUUAAGCAAAUGAUAUUUAGAAUUUAAAUCAAAUUUAUAAUUUUUAUACUUUUCCGGUAUCUAUAAGUAAAUAACCUUAAUAUUUAAAAUAUAAGCAUGUAAUUGCAGAUGUUAUAAAAGAUUAUUUUAAUACUGAUGCAUUAGUUCUACACUUUUAUAAAACUGAAAAAUGUAUUUCCCAUCCUUGUCAAACAAAGUGUUUGUAUUAUGUAUCCAUUUUUUGUUUUUGUUUUUAUCUUUAUAGCAAUGUUUAUGGUAUAUAUAUAUAAUUUAUAUAUGUUUGAAAUUAUAUUUAUAUUUAAUAUAUGGGCAAUAUAAAUUAUAUUUUUGUCCAUAUUAAAGUUUAAAAU